CUAUUAUAUUACAUCACACACUAUUUUUCUUUGUUAAUAAUUUUCUGAUUGAAUUCUUGGUUCCUAGAGAGGGGAUACAUGGGAUACCAUUAAGAGAAAUAUUACAAGAUAAAAAGAGAAAUGGCUAAGACUUUUAUUUGCUUCAACAACUGGAUGACUUUGCCUGCAGCAGCUGCAUAUGCAUAUGCAUUACCAAUUCGCGUUCAUCCGAAUGUGCAUAAAAGUGAUAUUAAUCAGCAACAACAUCAACAUAGAGGCCGCCCGAGUUCUACUACUAGUACUACUUUUACCACAUGUGCAACCAAAUCUGGUGGCUUCUUUGUCAACUCAAUCAUAAAAAGGUGCCAAACAUGUGGAGGCCAAGGUGCGGUUGAGUGUUCUGGAUGCAAGGGUACAGGAAAGAAUAAAAAGAAUGGGAACAUCUUUGAGCGUUGGAAAUGCUUUGAUUGCCAAGGAUUUGGGUUAAAGAGUUGUCCCAGCUGCGGAAAAGGCGGGUUAACACCAGAGCAAAGAGGAGAGAGAUAAUGUGUAUGUCUUGCUUAUGUAUAUACAAUAAAUAGCUUUCGUGCACAACUCUGUAACUUAUAAAUUUCAAAAUAUUAACUGAACACAUGUUUACAAAGAGUUGAGAAGUUCAUGCCUUGUAGCAUAAUUUGUAUCUGUUAUUGGAUAUCCCUUAUAAUAAGCAAUUAUAUUUAGAGUAUUGCUACUUA